AUGGGAAUAAUACGUCUGGGUUACCGGAGCAUACUGCUCCUUUUGGGACUUGCUUUCGCAUCCGGUGUCGCAGCCAGCCUCGGCUCCGAGAAUGCGUCGCGUGCCUUGUUGAGCUUGAAUGAAUUGGAAGAAAAGCUUCAGACUUGCUCGGUUGUACAAGAGCUCAACGCUGAGAAGCUUGCUGACGCUUCCGAAAGUUCGACCUUAACCUCCCAGAUAUUCGCUGUCUUAUUCCCAGGUAGCCCCGCGGUAAACGCUCUUUUAGCAACCCUUUAUAUCUCAGGUCCGCCAAACUUCCUGUUAGCACUAUGCCCGCCGAAUAUCGAUCCUUCAUCCCUGUCGGUCAUGGUGGCAUUUGCUGUAGGAGGAUUACUCGGAGAUACGCUCUUCCAUUUACUACCCGAGAUCUUUCUCGGAGAAGACAGUCCUGAGCAUGUCCGGUUCGUCCUUGUUGAGCCCAAUCGCAACCUCCUCUUAGGCGUUGCUAUUAUGGUCGGUUUCAUGACGUUUGUAGCUAUGGAUAAAGGAUUGCGAAUAGCCACGGGCGGGGAGGAACAUGAGCACAACCAUGGAAAUCACUCCCAUGCUACGCCGUCGGAGACCAAAGCUAUCUCGAGCUCUGUAGAUGUCUCAAAUGCGGAACUCACAAAACGGAAGAAGGGUGACAAGGAGGAUUUAAAGGUCAACAAACAGGAAAGCGAAAAGGAGAUUAACCCCAGCGCUAAACUAGGUGGCUAUCUUAACUUGAUUGCCGACUUUACACAUAAUAUCACUGACGGUCUAGCAAUGUCGGCAUCGUUCUAUGCCUCGCCUACAAUUGGCGCUACGACGACGGUCGCAGUGUUCUUCCACGAAAUUCCUCAUGAAGUUGGUGACUUCGCUCUGCUCGUGCAGUCCGGAUUCUCAAAACGUGCUGCAAUGGGUGCUCAAUUUGUCACGGCCCUAGGAGCUCUUCUAGGAACGCUAAUUGGCAUCGCCGUUCAAGAAUUUGGUGGCGGCGGCGGCGCAGACGGCAAUGGAAUCGGUAUGACUGAGGGCAUCUGGGGUACCAGCCUUACGUAUGGUGACCUGCUGUUACCGUUCACCGCCGGAACGUUCCUCUAUGUGGGUACGGUCGCAGUAAUUCCAGAGUUGCUGGAGACUGGUCCUAAUAAAUCCCUGGAAUUCCGGAAGAUGCUUGUGCAGUUUGCUGCCAUCGCCGUAGGCGCUGGGAUCAUGCUUUAUAUCUCAUGGGAUUGA